GUGGAAGAGGAGGUGUACAUGGUUCAACCACCUGGCUAUGAGGAUGGAACCGGUCGUGUCUGCAAACUCAACAAGGCCAUCUAUGGCUUGAAGCAGGCCCCGAGAUGCUGGUACAACAGGCUGGCCAGUGCAUUGGAAGGGAUUGGAUUCCGUGCGAGUGCAUGCGACGAGAGCCUAUUCCUGAUGGGCGAGGGGGAGUCGCUUGUGCUUCUGCUGGUGUACGUGGAUGACAUCCUGCUCUUCAGCAGCAGUGACAAGGAGAUCGAUGGAGUGCAGCGGAAGCUCACAGAGCAGUUCGAGUGCAAGUCACUUGGAGAGGCAAGGUACUACCUGGGAAUGCACAUUGAGCGGGAUACUGAACGUGGCUGGCUCAAACUGCAUCAGGGACAGUACAUCAACACCUUCGCUGAGAAGUACUCUCUGCAGGAAGAACGGGAACUGGCUCGAGUAGUGCAAAAUCCAACAGAAGAGCAGUAUGGUGCAGCGGAGAGAGUGGUGCGCUACCUCAAGUCAUACCCUACGGUGGGAGUACAGUAUUCAGCCUCUGCUCAACUCAGGCAAAAGGGAGUUGAAGUCCUCAAAGAGAAGGGGGAGCAGCUCGGAGAAGGAAAGGUGUUCCUUUCCUAUUUUGCUGAUGCCACAUGGGCUUCUGAGCAUGAGGAUUCAUCAUCAGUUGGUGGAUACAUCUGCAUGAUGGGAGGUGGGCCUGUAAGUUGGAGGUCCAAGAAGCAGUCUGAGACGGCACUAUCUUCAGUGGAAUCUGAGUACAUGGCGAUGUUUCAUGCGGCAAAAUAAAUCAUCUGGCUAAGGAGGCUCUUGAAGGAGAUCGGCCAUGAACAGACUUGUGCGACACCUUUGUUCAGUGACAGCAAGGGAGCCAUUGCCAUGGCACGCAAUGCAGUUCUUCAUGGGUUGAACAAGCACAUGAGGAUCAAGUGGCAUUGGCUGCGGAAGGAGGUGAAGCUUGGGACACUGGAUCCGAUCUACGUGAAAACUCAGCAACAGCCAGCCGACUUCCUUACCAAGCGGCUAGCUGAAGAGCCACACUGGCGAUGUGCGAGGAUGGCGGGAAUGUCCUUGAACUAGAGACGGCGAAACAAGCCGACAGUCUGAGGGGGAGUGUGUUGGUGCAUAUUCGUUUGCACGUCAUCUGUCGUCUGUUCGCAUCAUUCCGUUGCAUGUGUUUUGUGUGCUACAUUGUUUGUGUGAUGUGCUUGGAUUGUGCAUGGCAUCGAGCACAUUCCAACGAGCCAAGAAUUGUUGGAAUCGGAGCACAUAUGAAGAAGUUACGAAGAGGUGUUUGAUGGAUUUGUUACAACUCAUUGGAAGUCCUUGGCAGCUGCUACACCAAAGUUGGAGAGCCCUA